AUGGCUUCGAGACUCGACAGAUUAGUCACUAUCCUUGAAACAGGGAGUACGAGGUUAAUCCGUGAUACUGCCGUUAAUCAGCUUGCCGACUGGCAAAAACAACACCCGGACGAACUUUUUAAUCUCCUCUCUCGUGUUGUGCCCUACCUAAGACACAAGGAAUGGGAGACACGGAGAACUGCUGCUUCUGCUAUCGGCAAGAUUGCAGAGCAUGCCCCCAUCUAUGAUCCGAACCUCGGAGAUGCACCCGCAGAGCCUAAGAAGGAGGAGCAUGUCCAUGAAAACGGACACAUCAAGAAGGAAGAAGAAGAUGAGACCAAAACGAUACCUCAAGAUGACGAUCUCUUCGAAUUGGAAUCUCUCGACGUUGAGAUGAUUCUCAAGUAUGGUAGGGAACUGCUACGUGGUGGUGGUAUUGAGUAUGGACUAGCGGCACUCGACCCUCAAGCACGACUGGCUCACCAGAAGAAGACGCUCGUUGGGCGACUAGGUCUUCUCGGGAGGAAGUACGAAGAUGAGGAGAUUGCUUACACAGGUGGCGAUAACCCGGCCGCGCCUGGGACCCCAAUGGACACCACGAAUGGUCAUGGACAUAAUCGCACCGAUGGGGUUGGAGCCCAGGCUCAUGCACCUGAAGAGUCCCAUCUGAGUUCUCGACAACUAAACGUGCUGAAACGAAAACGCAAGAGAGAAGCAAUGAAGGCAUCUCAAGGCAAAGGAGGAUUUGGCGAUCUUUCUGUCAGACGUUCAAUGACAUCAGGUUCCGAAAAUAUUGGGGAUGACUCUUCAAUGCCCGACAGCGAAUCCAAAAAGAACAGCAAAGUGAACGAGUACUUUAACCUGGAACGCCCCUCCGAUGUUGACGAAGACACCAAAGUCGUGAGCGAAUUCAAGGGGCCUGUAAUCCCUAUUAAGUCCGAACUUGAAGCAGAGGAGACGAUGGAAGGAGCAGAGUGGCCAUACGACCGACUGUGUGAUUUCUUGAAGGUUGACCUAUUCGACUCCUCCUGGGAAACCCGACAUGGAGCCGCGAUGGGUCUCCGCGAAGUAAUCCGAGUACACGGUGGAGGUGCCGGUAGACUACGUAACAAGUCAAGAGAGGAGAACGAUGCACUCAACCGGAAAUGGCUCGACGAUAUGGCCUGCCGGUUGUGUUGCGUACUGAUGCUAGAUCGCUUCACCGAUUACAGCUCCGAUACUUCCGUGGCGCCAAUUCGGGAGACGAUUGGUCAGUCUCUUGGAUCUGUCUUGAAGCACCUCCCUUCAUCGUCUGUUUACAGCACCUUUAAAAUUCUCUACAGAAUGGUUAUGCAAGAAGAUCUCCAACUUGAACGACCAGUGUGGUCUGUGUGCCACGGUGGUAUGAUCGGUCUCAGAUACGUUGUUGCGGUAAGAAAAGAUCUUCUUCUUCAAGACAGCGACAUGAUCGACGGCAUUAUCAAGACAGUCAUGAAAGGCCUGGGAGAUAUGGAUGACGACGUCCGUUCAGUCAGUGCCGCCACAUUAAUCCCCAUGGCGAAGGAGUUCGUUACUAUGCGACCCGAACAGCUCGAUGGUCUCGUCAACAUCAUUUGGGAAAGUCUAUCAAAUCUUGGCGAUGACCUUAGUGCCAGUACUGGGCGGAUUAUGGAUCUCCUUGCUACCCUUUGUGGUUUCCCUCAAGUGCUGGAAGCAAUGAAAGCAUCGGCAGCACAAGAUGAGGAACGAUCAUUCACCCUGCUCGUCCCCAGACUUUACCCCUUCCUGCGCCAUACCAUUACCUCCGUACGCGUGGCCGUCUUGAAAGCCUUGUCGACCUUUGCCAAACUUGAUGCAGAGACUUCGCAGGGUUGGCUUAACGGAAGAAUACUGCGAUUGAUCUUCCAGAACAUCAUUGUAGAAAGAGACAGGGAUGCGCUCAACAUGUCUCUUGACUUGUGGGUGUCGCUUGUUGAAAGUCUCGCCACCAAACCUGAUGUUUUGGCAGAUGAGUUUGCCGCUCACAUUGACCCCAUGAUGCAGCUGACCCUGCACCCUAUUGGUGUUUCGAGAAACCCAAUUCCUAUGAAUACGGCCCUGUUCCAGAAGCCUUCUGGCGGCACUUACACCAUGCCUGGUGCCAUUCAACACACACCUCGCAAACCAUCUUCUCCUGAUGGUUCCGAUCGUGCCCACAAACGCCGACGCAAGUCCACCAAGGUUGAUGAUACUCCCACUACCGGCCUGACCCAUGAUGUCGACGGCCAUAUGAUGCAAGGCGACGUCGAUCUAGUUGGUAUGGAUGUGUUGAUUCGCUCUCGCGUGUCGGCUGCCAAGGCCAUGGGCUUCAUAAUGUCUCGAGUUCCUUCGGCCAGCCUGGACGACUAUGAUGCGCUCUUGAUCCCCGGUCUGGGAUCUGCGUUCUCCUCCAGUCAGAUGACCGCGUGUGUGGUUAUCGACGAGUAUGCCAGCAACAGCCAGAGCCUUGGUGAAUCCCCUCGCUACCUCGAAAACCUCCAACGCAUCAUCGACUCUGAACGACCAGCCGCCUACAGAGAUCUCGUAAACUUCAUCCAGCGAGUUCGAUCGCAAUGCCAGCAGUUGAUCCAUCUCUUCCGUGACCAUGGUAAAGUCUCGCACAGCAAGCUCCCAACACUGCCUGUCGUGGUUCAGGGAGAAGCCGAGGCUGGUCCUAACGCCUUUUCCAUUGCGAUAGCAGAGAAGUGCAUCGGCGAGGAUUAUGAGAAGCUGAAUAAGGCAAUGCCACCAGGUCAGCGCAUGAUUGCCAGCCAACAACUAUCUGAAGCCCGCAAUGUAACAUUCCUGGCUAUCGAAGAAGCCAAGGCAGCUAAGGCGGCUCGCGAUAUCCGUGUCAAGGCAGCGGCAGCAUGCGCUAUUGUCGGUAUGAAGGCACUGCCCAAGAAACCCAGCCCGCUCAUCAAGGGCAUCAUGGACUCUGUCAAGACGGAAGAGAACCAACAACUUCAAGUUCGCUCAGCCGACACCAUCGCAAGACUCGUCCAACUAUUUACCGAAAAGGGUCGAAAGGGGCCAGCAGACAAAGUGGUUUCCAACUUGGUCAAGUUCUCCUGUGUCGAAGUGGCAGAAACCCCCGAAUUCCCUGUUCAUGCCCGCAAGACAGAUUGCGUGUUGUCCAUGCAAAAGGAAGAGGAUCGUGUCGACCAUCCGGAUGCUGCCAAAUGGGCUCGCGAAGCAAAGGCUGCUCGCAUUACCAGACGAGGUGCCAAGGAAGCAUUGGAGAUUCUUUCCAGAACUUAUGGUGCUAGCCUACUCGAAACCGUGCCCAGCCUCCGUACGUUCAUGGUGGAGCCUUUGGUCAGAGCCUUCUCUGGUGACUUACCCGCAGAAGCGAAGGAUCCUGAACAGACCUUUGGGCAAGAAAUUGUCGAUGCCAUGUCUGUUAUCCGCACAAUGACCCCAACGCUCGACAAGGCUCUGCAACCUUUCAUCAUACAAAUGAUGCCCCUGGUCAUCAAAGCCCUUCACUCAGAAUUGUCGGUCUUCCGAUACAUGGCCGCCAAGUGUAUGGCUACAAUUUGCAGCGUUAUGACAGUUGAGGGUAUGACCGCCCUUGUUGAGAAGGUUCUACCAUCGAUCAACAACCCUGUCGACCUCAACUUCCGACAAGGCGCUAUCGAAGCUAUCUAUCACUUGAUUGCCGUGAUGGGAGAUGCCAUUCUACCUUAUGUGAUCUUCUUGAUCGUACCGGUUCUGGGACGAAUGAGCGACUCGGACAACGAAAUCCGCCUUAUCGCAACGACAUCUUUUGCCACCCUCGUUAAACUGGUUCCCCUCGAGGCUGGAAUUCCGGACCCACCAGGUCUGUCCGAGGAGUUGUUAAAGGGCAGAGACCGCGAAAGAACCUUUAUUGCUCAACUUUUAGAUCCAAAGAAGGUAGAGCAGUUCCAAAUUCCCGUGGCCAUUAAAGCCGAGCUACGAUCGUACCAACAAGAAGGUGUCAACUGGCUCAAUUUUCUCAACAAAUACCAUCUUCAUGGUAUUCUUUGUGACGAUAUGGGUCUAGGCAAGACGUUGCAGACACUUUGUAUCGUCGCAAGCGAUCACCACCAGCGUGCCGAGGAGUUCGCCAAGACACAGGCACCAGACGUUCGAAGAUUGCCAUCUCUCAUUGUCUGCCCACCCACGCUUUCGGGCCAUUGGCAACAAGAGAUCAAGACAUAUGCGCCAUUCUUGAGCGUUACUGCAUACGUCGGGCCGCCUGCGGAGAGAAAGGCUUUGAAAGACAGACUCGGCGAGACUGACAUAGUGGUUACAUCUUACGAUGUCUGCCGUAACGACUCUGAAGUUCUGGACAAGCACAGCUGGAAUUACGUCGUAUUGGAUGAGGGGCAUUUGAUCAAGAACCCGAAGGCUAAGAUUACGCAAGCUGUCAAGAGGCUGGCUAGUAACCAUCGUCUCAUUCUCACAGGCACUCCAAUUCAGAAUAACGUCUUGGAAUUGUGGUCUCUAUUUGACUUCCUGAUGCCUGGCUUCUUGGGUGCUGAGAAGGUUUUCUUGGAUCGUUUUGCUAAGCCAAUUGCCGCAAGCCGAUUCAGCAAAGCCUCUUCGAAAGAACAGGAAGCAGGUGCUUUGGCUAUCGAGGCACUUCACAAACAAGUUCUGCCAUUCUUGCUGCGUCGUCUCAAGGAAGAAGUCUUGAACGACCUUCCACCAAAGAUCUUGCAGAACUACUACUGCGACCUGAGUGACCUGCAACAGAAACUCUUCGAAGACUUCACAAAGAAACAAGGCAAGAAGAUCCAGGCAGAGGCGGGCAGGGAAGACAAGGAAGCCAAGCAGCAUAUUUUCCAAGCGCUGCAGUACAUGCGGAAGCUGUGCAACUCUCCCGCUAUGGUGAUGAAGCCUGGCAGCAGCCUUUACGACGAUACACAGAAGAUUCUUGCCAAGCAGGGAACCUCGAUCGAAGAUGCUCAGCAUGCACCAAAGCUGACCGCGUUGCGAGAUCUUCUGGUGGACUGCGGUAUUGGCGUCGAAGGCCACGACUCAAAUGAUCCCCUCUACCAACCGAUCAAACCUCACCGCGCACUCAUCUUCUGUCAAAUGAAGGAAAUGCUCGACAUGGUGCAGAACAAGGUUCUCAAGGAGUUGUUGCCCUCGGUGUCGCAUCUUCGACUUGACGGCUCCGUGGAGGCCAACAAGAGACAGGACAUUGUUAACAAGUUCAACAGCGAUCCAUCCUACGAUGUGCUGUUGCUGACAACCAGUGUGGGAGGUCUCGGCUUGAACUUGACAGGUGCUGACACAGUCAUCUUUGUCGAGCAUGACUGGAACCCCCAGAAAGAUCUUCAGGCCAUGGAUCGAGCUCAUCGUAUCGGUCAGAAGAAGGUGGUCAAUGUUUACCGACUCAUCACCCGCGGAACACUGGAGGAAAAGAUUCUAAACCUUCAGCGCUUCAAGAUCGAUGUUGCCUCGACUGUCGUGAACCAACAGAACGCUGGACUUUCCACAAUGGACACGGAUCAGAUUUUGGAUCUGUUCAAUGUCGGCGAUGCCGCACCGAAUCUUUUGGCGGACAAGGAGAAGAACAACAUUGAAGGAAGAGAGGAAGACAUGGUCGAUAUCGAAACGGGUGACGUACGAGCGCCAGGGAAGAAGGCAUGGUUGGAUGAUUUGGGCGAGCUAUGGGACAACAAGCAGUACGAGGAGAGUUUCGAUCUGGACGACUUCAUGAAAACGAUGUCGUAG